GGACAAAAGUGUUAAGACCAACCGGACAUUAUUUUCUGAUAAUAAAAGAAACUUCAUGAACCCAAACUCCAAACAAGCCCUUACUUGUAUUCCUCUAGAUCCAAACCCCACCGUUAAAUUCUCGCCGGCGGUCAUCCUUCCGACGUCGGGAAAUGAAACGUGGAAGCGGAUUCUCGUUCCACGUCACCGUCGUCAUAGCCGCCAUUGCAUUCAUAUACUUCUCAACGGUGUUCGUCUUCAUUGAUCAGUGGUUUGGGCUUUGGUCGUCCCCUGGAAUGCUUAACGCCGUCUUCUUCACCGUCGUUGCUGUUAUCUGCAUUUCCAAUUAUGCCCUUGCCAUCUACACCGAUCCGGGUCAGGUCCCUAGCUCAUUUGUACCCGACGUUGAAGACCCUGAUAAUAUUGUUCAUGAGAUCAAACGCAAGGGUGGAGAUUUGAGAUACUGCCAGAAGUGUUCCCUUUAUAAGCCUCCACGUGCACAUCAUUGUCGUAUAUGUAACAAAUGUGUACUACGAAUGGAUCAUCAUUGCGUGUGGAUGAAUAAUUGUGUGGGCCAUGCGAACUACAAGAUCUUCUUCAUCUUUGUUAUGUAUGCUGUUGUUUCUUGCAUAUAUUCCCUGGUUUUGCUUGCUGGUAGCAUAACCAUAAACUCUCCAAAGGAUGACCAGCAAAGUGAAGGCUCUUUCAGAGUUGUAUAUAUUAUCUCGGGGCUUAUACUAGUCCCUCUAAGUUUGGCGCUGGGCUUUUUCCUGUGUUGGCAUUUUUACCUGAUUUUGCAAAACAAAACAACAAUUGAGUACCAAGAAGGUGUUAGAGCGAUGUGCGUUGCUGAAAAGGGAGGUUAUGUCUAUUCACAUCCAUAUGAUCUUGGUGCAUAUGAGAAUUUGACAGCAGUUCUUGGUCCAAAUGUCCUUUGCUGGCUGUUGCCCUCCACAAAACAUAUAGACUCUGGCCUUCGUUUUCGGACAUCAUUUGAUAACGUACCGACGCCUGUAUCAAAAUGAAAUGUUUCUUCUUACAGCAGAGAUGUAAAGUGUUUGAUCACCAAAGCUGUUUGGUGCAGCUGUGUAAGUGUAGCUAGCUCCACUCUUCGCGUAAAGGAGCUAACAAAAACCCUGUUUCAGACUGCCAAACGAUACAACACGGAGGCAGUCAUCAACUUUUUUGUAUUCUAACAGUUGUAAGAGAUGUUCAGUCCUCCAUCGGCAAUCGCUCUGUAGUCGAAGGUAACUAGAGAAUUGAAGCAGUUGGACAUAGGAUACUAGCAUUGUUCAUAGUUGUGGGUUAUUUACGUGAUGUACAAAUAGAAGUCCCCUUUUCAAGCUAACUUAGAGAAUCCUGCUGUAGCUCAAAUGGUUGUAAAUUGUAAUAUAUGCAAAUUGCAACUACAAAAUGAGUUAAUGUUACCUGUAAUGUUUAAUUUUUUCAGACAGUUUAUUACUAUUUUAUUCUACCUUAACUUGUUAAAUUCU